CUUCUCUUGGCUUUGUCGUCAAUUUAGGGUUUCUUUGUAAGCUCGCGCCCACGGUGGGAUCUUUAAUUAGAAGACUCUGAAAACCGAGAGCAGAACUUCAAACUGAGCUUCUCCCUUGAUCUAUAUUGACCGUAUAAAGGUUACAGAGUAAGGUCUGAUGGCUGCCAACAACCAACCCACCGCAUUUGACAAAGAACAGAUCUUUGGGAUGGCUGAAAAAGAAAUGGAGUACAGGGUGGAAUUAUUCAAUAAGCUCACCCAAACGUGCUAUAAUAAAUGUAUUGAAAAUAGGUACAAGGAAUCUGAGCUUAACAUGGGGGAAAAUAGUUGCAUUGAUCGCUGUGUUUCAAAAUAUUGGCAGGUGACAAACUUGGUUGGGCAGCUGCUUGGUUCUAAUCGACCUCCACUGUGAUGCAAAUUUUGGAAUGCUUUCUAAACUUUUCUCUGGAUACGUCCUGUUCUGUAUCAAUUGAUUUUUAAUUUUGAUAAUUAAGUGGUUGCAAGGCAGCUGCGUUUUCAUUUUCUCCCCUUUGUUUUAAGCUCCAACCAAUGGAUUGCUUAUGAGAUAAAUAGAGUUCAUCAUUUCAGCAAAUAUGCUUUGGAGAUGAAUAUUAUGAAAUUUGUGCUUCUCUGUAGGUUCUAGGAUUUUAUUGCUUCUGUGAUGUUGCCAUAAACAAUAAUAAAUCCGUUAACUUUAUUUUU